AAUAUGCUUGUUUGUGAAAGAGAAAUCAGCAUUAGAAAAGUCUCUUACAAAUGCUAUAAAUACAAUACCUCUCACUGUUAUUCCUACAACUUAAUCGUCCAGCUCCCAAUUAAAUAAAUGACGAAGAUUGUCUUUGAGGUGUGUUUGGAUGGGAGGAAGUGUCUGCCGAAGCCUUUAAGGAUUGUGAUUUAUUUGUUGAAGCUCAUUUUUCCUUAUGAUAUCAUUUGGAAGAGACGCAUUUCUACUGCUAAAUUAAGGAAAAAGGCAAUGGAGAUUGCAGUUUCCAAAGGGGUUGAAUCAGUGACGUUCGAGAUUGACGAGAAAAACCAGUUGGUGGUCACCGGAAAAGAUAUUGACACCGUUAAACUCACCCGAUCUUUAAGGCGAAAUGUAGGCUUUGCCCGUAUUUUAAGUCUUGACUAAUGUAAUACUCACACCAUAAUUGAGCCGUUUUACAAUUUUGAGAUGUUCUAUCAUAGUUUGGUCGUUUUUUAAUUUUGAGAUGUUUCACCAUAAUUAAUUUUUUUCCAUAUGUGAUAAUAAUUUAUUUCUCUCAUA